UCUCUCAAACUUUGAAGCCGGAAGAGCAGACACCUCGUCGAAUAUCAUCAGACUGCUAAAGAAGAGAUUGACUUUGCAUUGGUGGUGAUGGUGGAAGUGUGGUGGUCCCUGUUAGCAGCUAUCCCUGCAGUGGUUGCAGGACAAGCAUUUCGAGUGAAGAAAAGGUGUGCUGAAGAACAGAGAUUAAUGAGUGCUAGGGGGAGGGAGAAGAGUUCUGAUGAGAUCUUUGUCUGUGAAAGGGUAUGUACAUCAAAGAGAAUGCUGAAAAAGGUAGGUGCAUUUUCAAAGGAUCCAAUUCCUGAUAGCUGUGUUACCGUGUGCGGUGUAUCUGAGCUGGAUGCUUGUGCUGAUGCAUGUGCACGCACUGUUUGCGUAAACCAACAUCAAGUACCUAACUGGAAUGACAUCUGCCUUCGGAGAUGCCAGAGUGAAUGUCUUAAACUCUCUUCUUCCAGUUCUUAGUAGCUUCAAUCUAAAAAGGAAAUGUGUAUUACAAGUUGAAUUAUCAUAGCGUCGGUUACUACCAUUUUCUGAGGUUUUAAGCUCAGUUUUAAGCUCACAGAAUGUGACUGACAUUGACUUGGUAUCAGUUUUAAGCUCACAACCGUUGGAUUAAAUUUUUUUCUUUAUUGCUCAAGCUUGUUUGUUGGCUUUUCGAAUUACCUUGUUAUGUCCUUCUCUGUUCAACGUAUAUAGGCGUGUUCUUGAGUUUAAGCUUGCAACUGAUGUAGAUUGAGGUACUCGGCGAAGCUGUCAUGUGUUGCUUGUUAUUAUGCUUGAGUAGCCAUAGUGGACAGCUAAAGCAGGUGUAACUGGAUCUCAGGUACCCCAACCAUUCAGAUGACGGUGAGUGUCGUAUCCCUGAAUUUCUAUUUUUUUUUUCUUUUUAAUUUUCAUACGGUUGAUGGAACCUAUGAAAUUGUUAUUCUGUGGGGAUGUAAUCGGGAUAACUUCUCAAUUGAAGAUAUGAAUAAUAACAUUGUUUCACUUUU